UCGACACACCACGAAAAACUUUACGUCGCUCGCUCGACCACCAAUGGAGUUCACCAAGGAUGGCUCCGUCGACCUCCGCGGCCAACCGAUCAUCGCCUCCCGGACCGGCCGGUGGAAGGCGUGCUCCUUUUUACUAGGGUACGAGGCGUUCGAGCGGAUGGCGUUCUACGGGGUGGCAUCGAACCUGGUGGUGUACCUGACGACUCAGAUGCGGCAGGAGACGGUGUCGUCGGUGCGCAGCGUCAACAACUGGACGGGGGCGGUGUGGAUGACGCCCAUCGCCGGCGCCUACGUCGCCGACGCCUUCCUCGGCCGCUUCUGGACCUUCACCGGCGCCUCGCUCAUAUACCUCGUGGGCAUGGUUAUGAUAAGCCUGGCCGUCUCCCUGAAGCCACUGCACCCGCACUGCACCGCGGACGGUGACUGCGCCCCGGCGACCCGGCGGCAGGUGGCCUUCUUCUACGCGGCGCUUUACACCAUGGCCGUCGGCGCGGGCGGGACCAAGCCCAACGUCUCGACGUUCGGCGCGGACCAGUUCGACGAUUUGGACGUACGGGAGCGCGAGAUCAAGGCUUCCUUCUUCAACUGGUGGACGUUCAGCACCUUCACCGGCGGCCUCGUCGCCAUGCUCGUCCUCGUUUACGUCCAGGAGGAGGUCGGCUGGGGCGUCGGGUACGCGAUCCCGACGGUCGGCCUUGCCCUGUCUCUUGUGCUGUUCUAUGUGGGCAUGCCGUUCUACCGGCACAAGCCUGUCAGGCGGAGCACGGCGGCAGGUCCAGCAAGGCUGAUCGGCAGGGUGCUCAGGGCAGCCUAUGCGAACCGGGGAUGUCAGCUCACCGGGGAGCUGAACGAGCAUGGCACGGCUGCUGCCGUUGACGGGAAGCGGCUUUUACUCCACACGCGGGGUAAUUUCAGGUUCUUGGACAAGGCGGCCAUGGUGUCAGACACAGACAGCGAGACGGCCAGCCAUGCGCCAUGCACAGUGACCGAGGUCGAGGAGGUGAAGCUCAUAGCCGGAAUGAUCGUGGUAUGGCUUGUCACUCUGGUGCCCUGCAUGAUCCCUGCGCAAGUGAACACCCUCUUCGUGAAGCAAGGGACCACCCUGGACCGCUCACUCGGUGCCGUCCGCAUCCCGGCCGCCUCCCUCGGCAGCUUCAUCACCAUCUCCAUGCUCAUCUCGAUCCCUAUCUACGACCGCGUGCUGGUGCCGCUCCUCCGGCGGCGCACCGGCGACCCGCGUGGCAUCACCCUCCUGCAGCGCCUUGGCGUCGGGUGCUUGCUGCAAGCGCUGGUCGUGGCAUGCGCCUGCCUUGUCGAGGUCAGGCGCAUGCGCGUGAUCCGGGAGCGCUCCAUCCACGGCCCCCACGACACGGUGCCGAUGAGCGUCUUCUGGAUGCUGCCGCAGUACGUGCUCCUAGGCAUCGGCGACGUGUUCAACACCAUCGGAGUCCUCGAGUUCUUCUACGACCAGUCGCCGGAGGGGAUGCAGAGCCUCGGAACCACCUUCUACACGAGCGGGCUCGGCGUCGGGAACUUCCUCAACAGCUUGCUCGUGACGCUCGUCGACCGGACCACCAGGGCGAGCGUCGGCAAGAGCUGGAUCGGCGACAACCUGAACGACUCACACCUCGACUACUACUACGUGUUCCUGCUAGUGCUCUCCGUGGCCAACAUGGCGCUCUUCGUGUGGGUCGCGAUGCGGUACAAGUACAAGAAAGAGUUCCUGGAGGACAACGGCACGAUGGGGACGCCUGAGGCCGAGACUGAGAUGGUGGCCGACGGCAAGGUAACGGCGGACUCGCCGCUAGUGGUGGAGCGUGAUAAGGUGGAGGCCAUGCAUGUUGCCUAGAAAAACGUAUCCAUUCUCUGAUCGGCAACUGAACGAAGGACGGAGUAUAGUAUUUUGUAGUACACAUGUGAACUUUUGAAGGUUUGAUUUGCCAUUAU